AUGGGAGACGUAAAUGUUAACUAUUCAGACAAGAAAUCGAAUAUUGAAUUCAAAACGAUCUUGAAUUUACAUGGUCUGAAGCAGCUCAUAACAGCACCCACGAGAAUAACGAAAGAUACAAGAACAUUGAUAGAUAUUAUUGCUACUACUAAUUAUGAAAACGUUAAAUGUUCGUGCACUAUUCAGUCCGGUAUAGCUGAUCAUAAAAUGGUUCGAUGCAUUAGAAAAGCUAAUCACAAUAAAUAUGAGCCAAAAACAAUCACAGUCCGUGAUUCCAGAAGUUACGAUCCUGAUUCUGCAUGUAACGAUCUAAACUCAAAGGACUGGAAGUACUUCUAUUCCUUGAAAGACGUAAACUCAGCAUGGAAUGUUUUCUACGACUACCUUAUUAAUACAAUCAACGUUAAUGCUCCUAUAAUCUCGCGACGAAUUAAGGGCAAAGCUUGCCCAUGGAUGACCCCUGAAAUCAAAGGCCUUAUGGCGGAGAGAGAUCGCAGUUUUCGUAAAAGCAGGAAGACGAAAAAAGAAGCUGAUAUAUCUAUGUAUAAAAACUGUACCAGACCACCAAGAAGGACUAAUGCGACUUUCAAGUUCAAAUACGUGUCCAAAGUUGAAGUGUAG